UCAAUGUCGGACGUUUUAUCACUAAGCAUCAAACCUAUAAAACGUUCGACAACGUGAUUUGCAUCGCAGUACCUAUUGUGCCAUGCUGUCGGAAGCAUAGAAUCUGCAUAUGAUUCAUAACAAUGAAGAUAGCACCCGUCGUGCUGUUUUUCGUCCUGAUGGGAGUUUGCGUUGCGGAACCGUUCCUUCUGUUUGAAGAUAUGUUUCGCCAGCAACGAGCCCUGAUGAGGAUUUUCGCCAGAGCUCAGGCACACACUGCACAGGCCAUGCUGGGUGGAGGUUCGCACCAUUCGGACCAUCAUGACUCGGAGCAUCACGGACAUCACGGAAAACUGCACCACGGAAGACAUCACUCCAAGAAGCAUCACAAAAAGUCCCGGAAGGCACACAAGUUUAUGCGGCUACAUCAUGUCCUGGCGCGACUGCAUCGACGAGGACAAACCCGACGGAUGCAGCGACUGAGAGAUUUGGGCAAGUGGUUUGGAUAAGUUGAGAAGGGACCGUCAUGACAAGCGCAUCAACCAAACCAUAACCGAUAGGACAUGUGUUCGAGAUAUUACUCGAAUGGUGUUUUUCAUAGGAAUUCGCAUAAGGUAUGCCGGAGCGAGUGGAACCAUGGAGCAAGUGAACCUAAGAGGUGUAUCGUUUCCCAUCACAAAAAUGCGGGAAAUUACAGUCCACGUUAAAGCCCACAGCCUGUUCAGAUGCUCCAUAGUUCAAUUGUUCUUGGUGGAUUAAUUUAUUGAACCAGUCUAAACCAUGUAGAGUUAAGUAGAUUCAUCUGAAUUGCCUCAAUCACAAAUAAAAAAAACUAGACUUUGAAUGGCAAGUGUACAGAUACAUGAUAAACCAAA